AUACACACAUCUAUACGGAAAAACACAGAGAGACAGCGAGAGAAAGAGAGAGAGAGAGAGAGAGAGAGAGAGAGAGAGAGAGAAUCUGUGUACGUCUACUUCCAUCUAAUACAUUCAUUCUUCAUGUGAUUACUUCCCCCAACCAAACCAAACCCUAACCCUAAUUCCAAUGGAUUCUCAAGCAAACAAUCUCUUCGAAACGGCGUCGCAGCCCGACACCGGCAACGACGCCUACACUUUCCUCGAAUUCAACACCCACGGCGACGACGACUUCGAUUACCCCGAUUUCCAACAGCUUUCUCAGCCAAUUCGCUCCUCAGCCUGGCCCACUCCUUCCGAUUCUGUCGCCGAUAAUAUUAAUUUAACCUCCGAUCACCACUCCGAUUCGUCUCCGAGUAAUAAGACUAGAAAUCAGUCUGCGGUGGAGGCUUUGGCUGCUGGAAUGAGUGGAUUGACUUUCGAAGAGACGGGAGACGAUGACGCUGCGUAUGACUUUGGGAAAGGGGCUUUUACGGAGCACGCGUGUCGCUAUUGUGGUGUGCAGAAUCCUGCCUGUGUUGUUAGGUGCAAUGUGCCUUCGUGUCGUAAAUGGUUUUGUAAUUCCAGAGGGAGUACGUCCGGUUCACAUAUUGUUAAUCAUUUGGUUCGGGCUAAACAUAAAGAAGUUUGUCUUCAUAAAGAUAGUCCCUUGGGAGAGACAAUAUUAGAGUGUUACAACUGUGGAUGCCGAAAUGUGUUUCUUCUGGGAUUCAUUUCUGCCAAGGCAGAGAGCGUUGUUGUUCUUCUUUGCAGGGAGCCUUGUCUGAGUGUGAAUGCAUUGAAGGACAUGAAUUGGGACCUCAGUCAAUGGUGUCCUCUCAUUGAUGACAGAUGUUUCUUGCAGUGGCUUGUCAAGGUCCCGUCUGAACAGGAGCAGUUGAGGGCACGGCAGAUCAGUGCUCAACAGAUUAAUAAGGUAGAAGAACUUUGGAAGUCCAAUCCUGAUGCUACACUAGAGGAUCUUGAGAAGCCUGGUGUGGAUGAUGAACCACAGCCUGUUGCUUUGAAGUAUGAAGAUGCAUAUCAGUAUCAAAAUGUGUUUGCACCUCUUAUCAAGCUUGAAGCGGAUUAUGAUAAAAUGAUGAAAGAAUCUCAAAGCAAAGACAAUCUUACUAUACGGUGGGAUAUUGGUCUAAACAAGAAACGGAUAGCAUAUUUUGUAUUUCCAAAGGAAGAUAAUGAAUUGCGCCUUGUUCCUGGUGAUGAGUUACGACUGCGUUAUUCAGGUGAUGCAGCUCACCCGGCUUGGCAAUCAGUGGGCCAUGUGGUAAAGUUAACAGCACAAGAGGAGGUGGCCCUUGAGCUUCGCGCAAGUCAGGGAGUUCCGGUUGAUGUGAACCAUGGUUUUAGUGUUGAUUUUGUGUGGAAGAGCACAAGUUUUGAUAGGAUGCAGGGUGCAAUGAAAACUUUUGCGGUGGAUGAAACAAGUGUUAGUGGGUACAUUUAUCAUCAUCUGUUGGGCCAUGAAGUUGAGGUUCAGAUGGUUCGUAAUGCCUUGCCUCGUCGGUUUGGUGCACCAGGCCUCCCUGAACUUAAUGCUUCUCAAGUCUUUGCUGUAAAAAGUGUACUUCAGAAGCCAAUAAGUUUGAUACAAGGUCCACCAGGCACUGGGAAAACUGUCACUUCUGCGGCAAUUGUAUAUCAUAUGGCCAAACAAGGACAAGGGCAGGUUUUAGUAUGUGCUCCAAGUAAUGUGGCUGUAGACCAACUGGCAGAAAAGAUUAGCGCCACUGGCUUGAAGGUUGUUAGGCUUUGUGCAAAGUCAAGGGAAGCUGUGAGCUCUCCUGUGGAACAUCUAACUCUUCAUUACCAGGUUAGGCAUCUUGAUACUUCUGAAAAGAGUGAACUCCACAAGUUACAACAAUUGAAAGAUGAACAAGGAGAACUGUCCAGUAGUGAUGAGAAGAAGUACAAGGCUCUGAAGCGGGCAACUGAAAGAGAAAUCUCUCAAAGUGCUGAUGUUAUAUGCUGUACCUGUGUUGGUGCGGGAGAUCCUCGAUUGGCAAAUUUUAGAUUCCGCCAGGUCCUUAUAGAUGAGUCAACUCAAUCAACUGAGCCAGAGUGUCUCAUUCCAUUGGUUCUUGGAGUGAAGCAGGUUGUUCUUGUUGGUGAUCAUUGCCAACUUGGGCCUGUCAUUAUGUGCAAAAAAGCAGCUCGUGCUGGACUAGCACAGUCUUUGUUCGAGCGUCUGGUGCUACUUGGUGUUAAACCAAUCAGAUUGCAGGUUCAGUAUAGGAUGCAUCCAUCACUUUCCGAAUUCCCGUCUAAUAGCUUCUAUGAGGGUACACUUCAAAAUGGGGUGACAAUAAAUGAAAGGCAAUCGACAGGCAUUGAUUUUCCUUGGCCUGUGCCAAAUCGGCCAAUGUUCUUCUAUGUGCAGAUGGGACAAGAGGAGAUAAGUGCUAGUGGGACAUCUUAUCUAAAUAGAACAGAAGCUGCAAAUGUUGAGAAAAUUGUAACCACUUUCUUGAAAAGUGGUGUAAUUCCUAGUCAGAUAGGGGUGAUAACACCGUAUGAAGGUCAGCGUGCAUAUAUUGUCAAUUAUAUGUCGAGAAAUGGUGCUUUGAGGCAACAACUAUACAAAGAAAUUGAGGUGGCAAGUGUAGAUUCUUUCCAAGGGAGGGAAAAAGAUUAUAUCAUAUUAUCGUGUGUGAGGAGUAACGAGCAUCAGGGUAUUGGAUUUCUUAAUGACCCAAGAAGACUGAAUGUUGCUCUCACUCGUGCUCGUUAUGGCAUUGUGAUCCUGGGUAAUCCAAAAGUUCUUAGCAAACAACCAUUGUGGAACGGCUUAUUAACACAUUAUAAGGAACAUGAGUGUUUGGUGGAAGGACCGUUAAAUAAUUUGAAACAGAGCAUGGUGCAGUUUCAAAAACCUAAAAAGAUCUACAAUGAUCGGCGACUUUUCUUUGGUGGUGGACCUGGAAUGGUGCCCAAUGAUAGUCUUGGGUCUGCAUCUUCAAGUGCAAAUGCUGAUAGGAGAAGUAGCCGUUCUAGGGGUUCUUUUAUGCCACCUGGUCCGCUCAAUGGUACACAUAAACCUGGAUUGCAUCCAGCUGCUUAUCCGAUGCCACGUGUCCCAAUUCCACCUUAUCAUGGUGCCCCACCGCAGCCAUAUGCUAUUCCUGCUCGCGGUGCUGUGCAUGGACCUGUUGGAGCUGUUCCUCAGCUGGGAAGUCGAGGGUUUGGUGCUGGACGUGGCAAUACCGGUGCACCCAUAGGUGGUCAUCUUCCACAACAGCAAGGCACCCAGCAACCAAUUGGAAGUGUUGGGUCUCACUAUAAUUAUUCUGCUCUGGAAAGUCCAAGUAGCCAGCCGUCUCCUGGUGGUCCAUUAUCACAACCCGGAUAUGUUUCUAAUACGAGCGUUCAACCAAACCAGUCAUUUCGAGAUGGGUUCUCUGUUGGUGGCAUGUCUCAGGAUUUCUUGGGAGAUGAUUUUAAAAGUCAGGGCUCACAUGUUCCAUAUAACGUUGCUGAUUUCUCCACUCAGGCUUCUCAAAGUGGAUAUACUGUGGAUUAUGUUACACAGGGAGCACAAGGUGGGUUCCCGAGUAGCUAUCUGAAUCAGAAUUCUCAAGCAGGAUAUUCUCGCUUUGGUUCAGGCAAUGAGUUCAUGUCUCAGGACUACAUGGGCCAUGGUUCACAAGGCCUUUUUACUCAGGUUGGAUUCAAUGAUCCUUCACAAGAUGAUACUCCACAGAGCCAUUUUGGCUUGGGCAAUGCUAGUCAGCUCCAAUCCCAGGCUUUGUUGAAUCCUCUUUAUUCUCAGCCUUUCACCAACUAUAAUACACAGCCACAUAACAUCCAAGCUUCACAACAGCAACAAGGCCAGCCAGGUCAAGGGCCCCAGAAUCAGAAGCUCCAUUAUAAUAGUUGAUUGCUUGGAGCUUCUGUCUUAUGAUGGUUUAUAAUGUUCGUCAGAAACAUAAAUUGUUCUGCCUGCUCUUAAUGCUGCCAUGGUCACAAAUAAAUGAAGUCAGGUUGUGAAAAUGGCACUAUGCCAGUCAUUCUGAAUUUCAGCAAUCAGAUGGAUUGAUCCGGACCAGGAUUUAUAAAAGCGUGGAUGGCACAUUAAGGGCUGAGGAAGAGGAUGAUAAAUCAUAUUCUUGAUGAAUAUUUAAACUUUUUGGAUGAUAAUGAGAGUUAUUUGACUGGAUAAAGCAUUACAUGUCAUGGCUUUGUAAGAAGGGAGGGUUGGUAAAGCACAGGAUCCUGGUUGGAUGACAAGGGAACUCAUUACUAUACAGAAGCAGCUACAAGUGUAAUUUUCUGUACAGGGGAGAUCAUUUAACCCUUCCGGCCUGACAUAUUAAUGAAGUUAUGAUGUAUAUUGUGUUUGGCGAGGUGUAUUGAUAAAUUGUGCAUUUGUCUGGGAUUGUUUAGGAAUAUUUAGGCAUGCUACAAAGUGUGUUUUCAGAGUUUACAUGUGUGCCUAUUAUUGGUUGCUAGUUGAGGUGGGUGAUAAGAUUUUUCUUCUGUUAUAUAUUAUUACUUUGGUUCUCAUGUGAUUUGAAUCUAUAAUAUAAUUUGUUUCAGUGGCA